GCGGCCGACAGGCGGGUUGGCGGGAGCGCAGUGUGCGUUCUGUCUGCGGGGCUCGUGCUGCCCGGCUCCGGGACUACACUGUCCGCUGCUGCAGGCAAGAUGCGCGUGGUGGUGGCGGGCUGCUGCCAUGGCGAGCUGGACAAGCUGUAUGAGACGCUGGCUCUGGCGGAGCGGCGAGGCGCGGGGCCCAUCGACCUGCUGCUGUGCUGCGGCGACUUCCAGGCGGUGCGUAACGAGGCAGACUUGCGCUGCAUGGCCGUGCCACCCAAAUACCGCCACAUGCAGACUUUCUACAGGUAUUAUUCUGGAGAGAAGAAGGCCCCAGUUCUAACCAUCUUCAUAGGGGGGAACCAUGAAGCCUCAAAUCAUUUACAAGAGUUACCCUACGGUGGCUGGGUAGCACCAAACAUUUAUUACUUAGGUUUGGCUGGUGUAGUAAAAUACCGGGGUGUUAGAAUUGGUGGAAUCUCUGGAAUCUUUAAAUCUCAUGACUAUCGAAAAGGUCAUUUUGAGUGCCCCCCUUAUAAUUCUGCUACGAUAAGAAGCAUUUAUCAUGUGAGAAAUAUUGAGGUCUAUAAAUUAAAACAGCUGAAACAACCUAUGGACAUAUUCUUAUCUCAUGACUGGCCGAGAAGUAUAUAUCACUAUGGAAAUAAGAAGCAACUUCUUAAGACUAAGUCUUUUUUCCGCCAAGAAGUGGAGAAUAACACAUUAGGAAGUCCUGCUGCCUCAGAGCUCUUAGAGCACUUGAAACCUACAUAUUGGUUUUCUGCCCACCUUCAUGUGAAGUUUGCAGCCUUGAUGAAGCAUCAGGUCAAGGAUAAAGAACAGACAGCUAAAACAACCAAAUUUUUAGCCUUGGACAAAUGCUUACCACAUAGAGAUUUUCUUCAGGUGAUAGAAAUAGAGCAUGACCCCGCUGCCCCUGAUUACUUGGAAUAUGAUGUUGAGUGGCUCACUGUUCUCAGGGCCACUAAUGAUCUUACUAAUAUGACUGCACACCUGUGGAACAUGCCAGAAAAUAAUGGCUUGCAUACAAGGUGGGAUUAUAGUGCCACAGAAGAAGCUAUGAAAGAAGUAUUGGAAAAAUUAAACCAUGACCUCAGAGUUCCAUGUAACUUCAGCAUAACAGCUGCUUGUUAUGACCCGAGCAAGCCACAGACACAAACACAGUUGAUUCAUAGGAUUAGUCCUCAGACAACUGAAUUUUGUGCUCAGCUUGGCAUCACAGACAUUAAUGUCAGAUUGCAGCAGGCCAAGGAAGAACCUCGCCUUUGUGGUGAAUAUGAAGAGCAGGAUGAUGUGGCUAGUAAUGACUCUGGAGGAGAUGUCAGUGAAUAUACCACAGACACAUCUGCCCUGUCCUCUGUCAACCCCGACGAAAUCAUGUUAGAUGAAGAGGAGGAGGUGGAUGAAGACAGUAUAAUAAGCGCACACAGUGAUAUGACUACUCCGUCUGUUGAACUUUUUGAUCAAGCGUCAGACCUUUCAGCAAGCUUCUCUGAUGUCAGGAUCUUACCAGGUUCCAUGGUCGUUUCUUCUGAUGAUACAUUGGAUUCCCCUGUUGGCAGAGAUGGGAAUCCUGACAAGGCUGUGGAUUCAGGGGAUAGAAAGGACUUAACCCAGUUGCCAUCAAAGAGGCUGAGUGACGAACAUGAACCUGAACAAAGAAAGAAAAUUAAGAGGCGGAAUCAAGCCAUUUAUGCUGCGGUAGAUGACGAUGAUACAGCAUGAGAUAGCUUGCUUAUGUGUAGAGAGACUAUUUUUAAAGUAUUUUUACUCAAGACCUGUUUUGUAAUAAUGAAAUUAUAUAAGGGAAUUUUAGUUAGUAAUCAUUUUUAUUUUUAGGCCUUUCUAUUUUUCAGAUUCAAAUCUUAAAACUAUACCUACUUCAUUGAGAAUCUUUUUAAAGACACUACUUUUCAUUUUUUCAGCAAAUGUAAGAUGGCACUGUAAAGAUGAGUAAGAAAGGGACUUUGCCUUUAGGAGGCACUGUGACUGAAUAUUUGGUAUAUAAUAAAAUAUGGCAUAUUUGUAUUUUUCUUUCCAAAGCUAAGUCAUUGUUGUAUAUACCAUUAUGUAAACUUUAUUAUAUUUUCCCUGGUAUGAGUUUUUAAUGCCUGUAUUUGAAAUUGAUGGUAGAUAAGAUUUCAGGAAAUAAAUUAUUUUAAAUAGUU